GAAAAGAGAAGAUCAUGCCUGAUCCAACAACAAAAACCGCCCCGAAGAAGGGAUCCAAGAAAGCCGUGAAAAACACCGGCGGAAAGAGCAGCAGGAGGAGAAAGAGGCCCAGGAGGGAGAGCUAUGCGAUCUACGUGUACAAGGUCCUGAAGCAGGUCCACCCUGACACCGGGAUCUCUUCCAAAGCCAUGGGCAUCAUGAACUCCUUCGUGAGCGACAUCUUUGAGCGCAUCGCCGGUGAGGCUUCCCGGCUGGCUCAUUACAACAAGCGCUCCACCAUCUCCUCCAGGGAGAUCCAGACCGCCGUGCGCCUCCUGCUCCCUGGUGAGCUGGCCAAGCACGCUGUGUCCGAGGGCACCAAGGCCGUCACCAAGUACACCAGCUCCAAGUAAACAAGUUGACGUUUACAAACCCAAAGGCUCUUUUAAGAGCCACCCACUUCCCCUGAGAGCACUUUUUUCUGAUUAUGCAACUGUCAGACGAGUUUUUUUUCACUGCGUUUGAGUUGUUUACUGAGCUUAAAAACUGACAUCUGCAUGUCAAGAGACUCACCGGUACAACCAGGCCCAAACAUAAUUCAUAAAUUAUUGAAAGUAUAAAAAUCUUUGUUUUAUAAAUGUUAAAUCAAGACUUUGUUCAGCUCCUUAAAGUAUGAAAUAUCUCAUGUUCUAAGUACAUGUUAUUUACUACUCUUACUCUGUUGCUUUCUGUACACUUACGGGCUCUGUUAGAGUGACCAUUUCAGUAUACAACCGUGUCAUGAAACACAUUAUAAUCCAACAAUAUGUAAUUAUGAUAUGGGCCCAUUGAAAAGAGUGUUUUUAUACUUGCAUAAGGCUUGAGUACUUCUGUUUGGUGAUAUAAUGAGCUGUCUUUCGUUUUUUUUUUUUUUUUUUUACUGUGUAGCAUUAAUCUGACAGUUUGAUUAUGUCAGUGAUUUGUUUUAUAAAGACUGGUUAAUUGCAUAAAAACGAGUUCAGAUAUACAAUAAAAGAUUUGUUUUG